AUGAAAAGUGGUGAUUUUUGUUUUAGUUUACAAUUUCCGAUUUUCCCCCUUGUUGUAUAUUCCUGCAAUGAAUAUAUAUAUAUAUAUUUUUUUUUGUUGUUGCGGAUGCCUCCUUCAUCCGCGCUACAUUUUGACAUCAUGUGUCUGUGCGUCUAUGUACUCGUCUUACGCAUGCAAGAAAUUUUUUCUUUUUUCUUUUUCUUUCCCUCCUUUUGCUUAUUUUCAUUCAUUUAUUUUCAUUUUUUUCACUCUUAUCUGCGCUUGUGUGUGUGUCUGUCUCUCUUCACAGCAGUGUGUUCAUUAACUCAUCAGCUGCACUUAACUUUCGUUGCGUAUACGUCUCACUGA